AUGUCAUUAGACGUGAAGUGCACUGCGCCGAAUGGUCGCUCUUGGAUCCAGCCCACGGGGCUAUUCAUCAAUAACCAAUGGGUGAAGUCCUCAGAGGGUGACAAGAUCGCCAGCAUUAACCCAGCAACUGCUCAGGAAAUCGUUUCUGUUCAAGCUGGCUCCGCUAAGGAUAUCGACACCGCAGUGAAGGCUGCACGCGCAGCGCUGAACCACCCCAGCUGGAGGGACUUGCCGGGCCUAGACCGUGGCAAGAUGAUGAACCGCCUGGCCCAACUGAUUGAAGAUAACAAAGAGACCCUGGCUACUAUCGAAACUUGCGACAAUGGAAAACCAUAUCUGGUGUCGCUGAACGAUGACAUGACCGAAACCAGCGAGACUAUUCGAUACUAUAGCGGAUACGCCGACAAGGUGUUCGGACAAGUCAUUGACACCACCCCGGACAAGUUUGCCUAUACUGUGCGGCAGCCAGUGGGGGUAUGUGGCCAGAUUAUCCCGUGGAACUUUCCCCUUUCCAUGGCGGCAUGGAAGCUCGGCCCUGCUCUUGCGUGCGGCAAUACCGUGGUGUUGAAGCCAGCUGAGCAGACUCCUCUCUCCAUCCUUUUCCUUGCCAACCUGAUCGUGGAAGCGGGCUUCCCUCCUGGUGUGGUGAAUAUUGUCAAUGGCCACGGUGCAGUUGCCGGGGCCGCCCUCGCUUCUCACAUGGAUGUCGACAAGAUUGCCUUUACUGGAAGCACGGCCACGGCAAAGCAGAUUAUGAAGAUGGCGAGCAACAACUUGAAGAACAUUACCCUGGAGACCGGCGGGAAGAGCCCUCUCGUGGUCUUCAAUGAUGCCGACCUGGAACAGGCCGUGGAGUGGGCGCACAUCGGCAUCAUGUACAACCAAGGUCAAAUCUGCACCGCUACCUCGCGGAUUCUUGUCCAAGACGAGAUUUACGACAAGUUCGUCGCCGCAUUCAAAACGCAGAUCAAGAACGUUUCGAAAGUUGGCGAUCCAUUCGACGAGAGCACUUUCCAGGGUCCUCAGGUGACCCAGGCUCAGUACGACCGCAUCAUGUCUUACGUCGACAUUGGCCAGUCUGAGAAGGCCACCUUGUCAUAUGGUGGCAAGCCGUUCAAAGGUGUGGGAGACGGCAAAGGCUUCUUUAUUGAGCCCACCGUUUUCACCAAUGUGACUCCGAAGAUGCGUAUCUACCAGGAGGAAGUUUUCGGUCCGUUCGCCGUUAUUGCUCGAUUCAGCACCGAAGAGCAAGCUGUGCAGAUGGCCAACGACAGUACCUACGGACUUGGAAGUGCCAUCUUCACCACCAACUUGACCCGCGCUCACCGCGUCGCCAAGCAGAUUGAAGCUGGCAUGGUCUGGAUCAACUCCAGCAACGACAGCGACUGGCGCAUUCCUUUCGGUGGUGUAAAGCAGAGUGGUAUUGGCCGAGAGCUAGGGGAGGCCGGUCUCGAGGCUUAUUCCAGCAUCAAGGCGGUUCAUGUGAACAUGAAGUCCAAGCUCUAG